AUGGAUGCUAUGGAUUUGUUCGGAGGAUUGAGCAGCGAUGAAGAAGAGGAGAACUACCCACCAACUCCAAAAGACAGCACUUUGACUUUGAUGGCUGAAAUGGAAAUGAGUGAUGAAGACGGAGAUGAGCCAAUGGAGGCCAACGAUACCGACAAAACUACUAGUGGCAGCUCUCCUGAUCAGAUGGUUCCGGCAACGUUUAGUGACAAGCCGACUACUUCAGCUCAAGUCAAGUUUUUCCUUUCAAGCGAUGAAGAUUCUAUGGACAUGCCGGAUGUUAAGCAAAUGGUCAAAGACAGCAUAUCCCGAUUGGAGCAAGAAACAAAAAGAAAACUGAUGGAAGCAGUGGAAGCAACAAAGCCCAUUACCUGUAUGGAACCACUCGUCAAGAAGCCAAAGGUCGAGAUCGAAGACUUGAUGAUCGAACAGUUGCCCACUGUGCCAGAACCAAUGCCAAUGACUAGUGACGUUGAGAGUGUGCCCCAGGGAAAGAUGGAUAAGAAAGAUAUUGAAUCGGUGAGAAUCAAGAGUGCCGUGAAACAAGAAGAAGAAAAAGAAGAAGAUAAUACCGCUGGCAAACUGGAUCAUGAUGAAAAGGAACGACUUAAAAUGGAGGUGCUUCUCAAAAACUUCUCCAAAGAGCAAUUCGAUCGCUAUGAAGUAUUCAGACAAUCGAAAUUUCAAAGAACCAUGAUCAGAAGACUAAUGAAGAAGUUCACCAACAAUGCUCCUUUCCCCGAGGGUGCAGUCAUUGCAGUAGCUAGUUUGGCCAAGAUGGUUGUGGGGGAUAUUGUUGAAGAAGCACUUGAUAUUCGUGAUGCCAAAGAAGAUGAAGCAGAACAACCACUUCAGCCGCAUCACAUUCGUCAGGCGUACUACAAAUUGGCUCGUGAAGGAACAAUUCAUUUUUAA